GUUCUCCUCAAAGUCGCCUUUCUAAUCUCUUCUUCUCUCAACUAUUAAUUUUUUUUUUUUUUUGCUUCACCUUCUCGGAGAUAAUCUUCCUGUUUCAAGGAGUUUGAUUUCCCCGGGGGAAAAAAAAAACAGAAUUAUUCACACUUUUUAUCUAUUAACUGUGCUGAGAUCUGAAGAAAGCUUGUCAGAUACUGUUACAUGGCUGCUCCGGAUCGAAGUGAGGAUGUAAGUAAUAACGUAGAGAAUGGAAGUUGUAAUUCAAAUGAAGGAACCACCAAUCAUGAAACCAGCAGUGAUCGGAUCGCGAACGCUGCUAAGGUUAGGAAGCCGUACACAGUAACUAAGCAGAGAGAGAAGUGGAGUGAGGCAGAGCAUGAGAGGUUCCUUGAAGCUAUAAAUCUUUAUGGUCGUGCUUGGCGUCAAAUCCAAGAACAUAUAGGUACGAAAACAGCUGUUCAGAUCAGAAGCCAUGCUCAAAAGUUUUUCUCCAAGGUGGCUCGUGAAGCUGACAGUGGUAGUGACGGCUCGGUUCAAACGGUUGUUAUCCCGCCUCCUCGUCCAAAGAGGAAACCAACACAUCCUUAUCCUCGGAAAUCGCCUGUUCCAUAUUCUCAGUCUCCUUCCUCAGCUAUGGAGAAAGGAACAAAAUCUCCAACUUCUGUGCUAUCACCAUUUGAUUCAGAUGAUCAGACCAAUCGAUGCUCCUCUCCUAACUCGUGUACCAGUGACAUGCAGUCCAUCGAUAAGAAGAAUGACUACGCAACAUCCAAGCAAUCUUGUAAAGAGGAUGAUGCUGUAACCGGUUCAAGACCCACCUCAAGCAUUAUGCUUUUUGGGAAGAUUGUCCUAGUGGGGGGUGAAUCUCACAGAACAUCUUCUUCCAGAGAGGACUCAGGUGUUGAUCAUAAAUCAAUGACGGGACAAGAUUCUAGGCACGUCGACACUGUUUUAUCUCUAGGGGUAUGGGAUACGUCCUGUACCGGUUCCAACGCGUUUGGCUCGGUUACAGAUGUUUCAGAGAACUUGGAGAAGAGUGCAGAAGCACGGAAACGGGUAACCUCGUUAGAAAAACAAGAACCCUGUUAUCGUCCAAAUGGGUUCAGACCGUACAAGAGAUGCUUAUCAGAAAGGGAAGUGACGUCAUCUUUGUCGUUGGUAGCUUCAGAAGAGGGGGGAAGCAGGAGAAGAGCACGUGUAUGCUCGUAGCCUUAAGUACACGCCAUCUUGUACAGUUGCUACAAACCACUUUUAGGAUUGAUACCGAUGGGUGGAAGGGCAUAUCAUUGUUGGGAGACUCGGAGGAGGCAAAUGCACUUGUGAUGAAGUUUCAUCCACUGUCUGACAUUUAAAAAAGACGGUUCCUUUUUUUUGCUUUAUAAACAAGUGUAUUUGUCUAAUCAACUGAUUGUAACUCUCUAUUCCAAGCUUAAGCAUCGUUUCAUGAAUAACAGUCAUUAGAUUUGUCAAA